AUUCAUUCAAAUAAUUAAAAUAUUAAAAGAUCUAAUGAAUACAAUAGAUAGUUUAAUAGAAAAAUUUUAUUGGAACUCAAUCUGUAAAACAAUAUGGAAAGAGAAUACAGAUCAAUUGGAUGAAAUUAUUGAUUGGAUCCAUUCAGAAGCGGUUGUAUUGAAUGCAAUUAUACAUAGUAAUAAUAAUAAUCUUAAAAUACCAUCAUAUGAGAAAAUGAUAAAAGUUAUUAAUUUUCUUAAAGAAAAUAAUUUUUGGCGUUCUCAUCCAUAUUCACUGAUUAUUAUUAAUAAUAGAAAUAAUAAUAAUGAUGAUAAAACUGUUGUUAAGCCAAAUCAUCAAUUAUAUAUGAAAAAUAUUAAAGAUUUAUGGGAAAAUAAUAAAAGAAUUCAAUAAUGAAUAUGAAAAAUAGUACAGUAAUUAAAUUGAUAUGAUGAAUAAAACUAUUGAGAAUAGAAAGAUGGCCAAAAUAAUGUAAGUGUGUAUAUUACUUGCUUACUUACGCCUGUUA